AAUUAGAGCAUAUGGUUUAGUGUUAAUCUAUGCAAAAAUUUAUCUUCUCCGUCCGCAAAAAUUCUUUAAAGCAUUGGAUCGAGUUUUAAAAAGGUAUCCGCGCCAGAGCUUAAUUUAAUCAUUUUCAUUUCUUCAUCAUUCAUCAUCUUCCUCACAGUCUCGAAACCCUAGUUUUGUACCCAAUAACAACUUUCUGGGUUUAGAAAUGCCUCGGGAGAUAAUUACGCUUCAGGUUGGACAAUGUGGGAAUCAGAUCGGUAUGGAGUUCUGGAAACAGCUUUGCCUCGAGCACGGUAUCAGUAAAGAUGGUAUUCUCGAGGACUUCGCUACUCAGGGAGGUGAUAGAAAAGAUGUGUUUUUUUACCAAGCGGAUGACCAACACUAUAUCCCACGAGCUCUCCUCAUUGAUUUGGAGCCUAGAGUCAUCAAUGGUAUUCAGAAUGGUGAUUACCGCAAUCUCUAUAAUCACGAGAAUAUCUUCGUUGCUGACCAUGGUGGUGGUGCUGGUAAUAACUGGGCCAGUGGUUAUCACCAGGGGAAGGGUGUUGAAGAGGAAAUCAUGGACAUGAUUGAUCGAGAAGCUGAUGGAAGUGACAGUCUUGAGGGUUUUGUUCUUUGCCACUCUAUUGCUGGAGGCACUGGCUCAGGUAUGGGAUCUUAUUUGUUGGAGACUUUGAAUGAUCGCUACAGCAAGAAGUUGGUUCAGACAUACAGUGUCUUUCCCAAUCAGAUGGAAACGAGUGACGUUGUUGUCCAGCCCUACAACUCACUUUUGACGCUUAAGCGGCUUACAUUAAAUGCUGAUUGUGUUGUUGUCCUUGACAACACUGCUUUGGGAAGGAUUGCUGUGGAGCGUCUACAUCUGACAAAUCCUACCUUUGCUCAAACGAAUUCUCUAGUGUCUACUGUGAUGUCUGCUAGCACAACAACACUGCGUUAUCCAGGAUACAUGAAUAACGACCUCGUUGGCUUGCUUGCAUCUUUGAUCCCAACACCAAGGUGUCACUUCCUCAUGACUGGAUAUACACCAUUGACUGUUGAGCGCCAGGCAAAUGUCAUUCGUAAAACUACUGUGCUGGAUGUUAUGAGAAGACUUCUACAGACAAAAAAUAUCAUGGUUUCGUCUUAUGCUAGAAACAAAGAAGCUAGUCAGGCAAAGUAUAUAUCAAUAUUGAAUAUAAUUCAAGGAGAAGUCGAUCCCACUCAGGUGCAUGAGAGUUUGCAGAGGAUACGAGAAAGAAAGCUUGUUAAUUUCAUUGAGUGGGGACCUGCAAGCAUACAGGUUGCUCUUUCCAAGAAGUCCCCAUAUGUUCAAACUGCCCAUAGGGUCAGUGGUCUUAUGUUAGCAAGCCACACUAGUAUCAGGCACCUAUUCAGCAAAUGUUUGAGCCAAUAUGAUAAGUUGAGGAAGAAGCAAGCUUUUCUAGACAAUUACCGGAAGUUUCCCAUGUUUGCUGACAAUGAUCUUUCAGAGUUUGACGAAUCAAGGGACAUAAUUGAGAGUUUGGUAGAUGAAUACAAGGCCUGUGAGUCUCCAGAUUACAUCAAAUGGGGAAUGGAGGACCCUGAACAGCUUAUGACUGGUGAAGGCAAUGCUUCAGGAGUUGUUGAUCCGAAGUUGGCGUUCUGAUUAUUAUAUAAAAACAAAAACCAGAGUAAGUCGCAUGAAGUUUCACUUUUAACUGAGAUAUUUCAGGUGAUCAUAGGAUUACUUAAAAAUGGGUUUUGGUAGGAGCAGUAGUAAGUGUUGGCACGUAAAACCUUGGAAUAGUGGUAUGAUGUGGAUGAGUUUUUUAGUCUGUUAGAUGAAUGUGUGUUUCCUGGGAUUGAGAGCACACAAAGUUGCAUCUCCUCACUCCUCAGGAGAAGGAAUCUAGAAUUGUAAUAUUUAUGGGUGUUUUAGCUCAUGUCUCUGUGAUCGGAGUAUCAUGUUCUCCAUGUGUGGUUAAAAGACUCGAAAACUCUAGAAAGCAAGAAGCAUGUUGUGUUGAUGAAGGAAUUGGGUUUAAUGGAUUCUAUUUUCUUUGUAUAUAUGCUGUGAUCUAAACUUUUACUAGUGCCGUGUUGAUCAUAGUAAAUUCUAUCGGUCAACUCUCCUUUGAGUUUCUUUUUGCAUACGACGCCGUUCUGGAAGCAAAUCAAACUUAAC